CUACUCCUCCUCAAUCAAACACACCCAUUCCUUCUCCAUCGUCGUCUGAUUCAAAAGUCAGUUCCAAUGGCUGAUAACACCGAUAACCGGAGAGCGAUAUGGGGAGUUCCGGAGAAGCUUCAGCUUCACAUAGCGAUGCUCACGUUGCAGUUCGGUUACGCUGGAUUCCAUGUGGUCUCGAGAGCUGCUCUUAACAUGGGAAUCAGCAAACUCGUCUUCCCUGUUUAUCGUAACAUCAUUGCCUUGCUUCUUCUCCUUCCCUUCGCUUACUUCCUUGAAAAGAAGGAGAGACCAGCGAUUACACUCAAUUUUCUCAUUCAGUUCUUCUUUCUGGCACUCAUCGGAAUAACAGCGAACCAAGGCUUUUACUUGUUGGGACUGGACUACACUUCACCAACAUUUGCUUCUUCCAUGCAAAACUCUGUUCCCGCCAUUACCUUUCUCAUGGCUGCUCUUCUCAGGAUUGAGAAAGUUAGAAUAAACAGAAGAGACGGUAUCUCCAAAGUCUUAGGAACAGCUCUUUGCGUCGCCGGAGCUUCCGUCAUCACUCUCUACAAGGGUCCCACCAUCUACACUCCGACUAGCCACCUCCACACUCACCUCCUCACAACCAACCCCGCCGUACUAGCGCCUCUUGGAGACGCCGCGCCGAAAAACUGGACUCUUGGCUGCAUCUACCUAAUAGGUCACUGUCUUUCGUGGUCUGGCUGGCUCGUUUUUCAAGCUCCGGUUCUUAAAUCUUAUCCGGCCAGGCUCUCGGUUACGUCUUACACCCUUUUGUUCGGAAUUAUCCAGUUCGUGAUCAUCGCUGCUUUCUGUGAAAGAGAUUCUCAGGCUUGGGUUUUUCACUCCGGUUGGGAGCUUUUCACCAUCCUCUACGCAGGAAUAGUGGCGUCUGGAAUCGCGUUUGCGGUUCAGAUUUGGUGUAUUGACAGAGGGGGUCCAGUUUUCGUUGCGGUUUACCAACCUGUUCAGACUUUGGUCGUUGCGAUUAUGGCUUCGAUUGCGUUAGGCGAAGAGUUUUACUUGGAGGGUAUGAUUAUUGGAGCUGUGCUGAUCAUAGCGGGACUCUACUUUGUGUUGUAUGGUAAGAGCGAAGAGAGGAAGUUUGCAGCUCUUGAGAAGGCAAUGAUCCAGUCCUCCGCGGAGCAUGUUAUCGAGCGUGCACCCGUUUCUCGCGGCUCCAUCAAGUCGUCCAUCACAGCUCCACUGCUCCAUCAGUCAACGGACAACGUUUGACUUAUCGAGUCUCUCUAUCAAAUAAUUACAACGCCAUUACCCAAUGGUGUGCCGUUGUGUGUUUAUGACUUUUGUGUCUGCUUUUUUUUAGUUUUUUUCUUAAUAUGUUGCCUAAGAAAAGUCGUUUUUGAGGAGGGAAAAGAGGUAGAUGAGACAUCAUUGUUCAUGAGGAUGGUGGUGAAGAUGACAAUGAUAAUGAUGGUGAUGAUGAAGACUAUGGGGAAGCUUGGAUUUUGGACCUUUCAGUACUAUUAUAUUUGGCUGAUAUAUUAGUGCCCUUGUAUUACAUUUCUUGUGGUUUUUAUUUCGCUUUUCUAUCAUCAAUAGAAUGUUAUAAUUUGCAUUUA